AUGUCGGACGAGGAAAUGGAACAAACCACCCAUAUCCAAUCGCCUCCGCAUGAAGAAGCGAUGGAAGAAGAUUCAGUUCAGAGUAAUGAAGGUGAUGCUGCUGAAGAAGAUCAUGAUGAUGAAGACAUUACUGAAGAAACAAAUGGUGAACAACCCUCUGAUAAAAACUUAUAUAGUUUAGGAUACGUAAAGAUGUUUUACAUUCCGGUCGUAACAGUAAUCUUAGAUCAUUGA